AUGGAAGUAGCGACGCCGUUCACCAAGCGCACACUUUCGUUGCGAACGACUUACCGAUCGGUGGAAAAAAGUGCUAUUUGUGGAAAGAAACAUGGUGAGCCACUUCUUAUUCUUAAGGAUCCCCCACACAUCGGCCACAGAUAUGCAGUCGUCAAGCUUUACCAAGGUUUAGAUGAAGUCGUCUUUCAAAGAUUGUUGAGCGGGCUAGGGCUUGAAGUCAUUUAUACAAACGAUGCACCGAGUUCCAGCCUAAGCACUACAACAGAAGAACCAAACGAAUCUAGCUGUACAGUGAAUUAUUUCGACGAAGCGCAUAUGGGUCUACAACAACUAUUCGAUCCUAUACUGCUUGAAUAUGCAGCACUGCUGAGCUUUAUCGAAGCAAACGUUAAUGUGGAGCUGAACAAGUCUGCUAUUGAAACUGCCGCACCCAAAGUGACAGUGCAAUGUAAAGUAGGCAGACCAAUAGUCCUAAAUAUGGAUACCUCCGAAAGAGAAACCGUCACCUGCAUGCUUUGCCAAGAGGAAGUACCUCGAGACAGGACUUCUUUGAAAGCCCACGUGCAAUCGCAUUCUGGGAAGCGUUAUGGCUGCAGCCGCUGUAAAUACCACACAGAUCGUAAAUUUGAUUUCACCCGCCACAUCCGACGCCGGCAUGAAGGUGAACCUGAUCCUUCAGAUGGAGGAAAUCGUCCGCAUUGGAUGACAAUGGUGCGGUCAUGUUUCCCUUCGUAUGGUGAUUUUGCGAAAUUGCGAACAAUUCGUCAACAGAAAACCUCCGCUUCGAGUUGUGCUCAAAUGAGAACACACAUAAAUUCAGCCGAACAACAGGAUCUCCGAGAGAAAGACAGUAGCGUGAAUUGUUCUCCUGUCGUCUGUUAA